AUCCGCGAGUAAAAGUCACAUUUAACCUUUCUCAUCUAAAAUGACAUGUAAUAAAUAUCCGGUAUCAAUCGCCGUAGUUCAACAUACUCCGGCGUAAGCAGCUUCGUACUAUAAUUCCGUUCAACAUAUUCCUAAUAAGAUCACCAACGUUGAUGGUUCAAAAACUCGUCGGAUUAUAUAUUACUAAUUUCCCAACAAGAACACCGAUGACGGAGCCUUCUAUCCUCACAAAAAAUUAUACUACGGCAUUGAAUGUCCCAUAUCCAGCAUUCUCUCCGGGCACGUUCCCUCUUCGAAUUUGUAUCUUCUAUUUGUUGUUUUUUAUUGACGAAAUCAAUUCGCCAAUAAUUCGUACGCCGAAAAUCCGGCAAAUCGGUGACCUUGCCCAACAAAAUUUGUACGCCUACUGAAUCACGUUCUUUCAUCGUGACAUUGCCCUAAAAAAAUUUGUAGGUCGGCUGCUUUCCGUUGAUACUGUGGUUGCCGGUGUUCGAGAUAUUUAAUGGAUCAAAUCCCGUCAUAUAUAUUUUUUCGGCGUUGAUGAUGCUGCUGCCAUCAUAUCUUAUCAAUCCCAAACAUUUCUGAAGUUUCGACUAAAAGGAUAAUAUAUUAGGGUUUUCUGUUCUUUUACGUAUCUAACUUUUUUUUAACGUAAUUAACUAUUCAGUCAAAAACCAGAUUUGUUGCGUAUUAGGGUUAUUACUUCAUCAGAUCAGAUCGGAUCACGUAUUAAUUCCAAAACUCAUUUUGAAAGGAGUUUUAUCUUUGCAUAUAUCCCUCAUUUAAGGAUUUUGAUAAGGUUUAUUAAUUUACCACCUUAAUUAAAAAUAAUUACCUUAAAUCAUGCCUCAAAAUCGAAUGUUGCCCUUAUCACAUUAGCAGUUAUGGAGCAGCGGCCAACCUUGAAAACCCCUUUCACAUGGGAACAAGCACGCCGCCUCAUCUACAUCUUUGCUUCUUCUACAGAGAUUUGAAGCCGCUGUCGUGGAUGGCCACCUCCGCACACCCAACCAUUGUAAUCAUCGCCGCCUCUAUUUCUGCGACCGAUAAUCCAAAUAAGAUUCUAAUCCGAGAAUUGGAAGAGGGGAUUUAUCAAUGUCCAUCUCACCCGGUUCAGCUGCUAGUGCAGCUACCGUGGUUCUUGAUGAAGCUGUAGAACGAGUUCACCUGCCCAAGGGCGACACCGGGUCAAUUCAUAAAUUUGGCGGUACUUGUGUGGGAACUUCAGAGCGUAUUAAAAAUGUUGCCAAAAUUGUAGUAAAGAUGAAUCAGAGAGAAAGUUGGUUGUCAUCUCCGCCAUGUCAAAGGUUACUGACAUGAUGUAUGAACUCAUUCACAAAGCAGAGUUUCGCGAUGAAUCUUACAUUACUGCACUCGACGCUGUGUAUGAGAAACACAAGUCAACCGCGUGUGAUCUGCUUGAUGGGGAUGAACUUGCCAGCUUUUUAUCUCGAUUGCUUGAUGACAUUAAUAUCCUCAAAUACAUGCUCCGUGCUAUAUUUAUUGCUGGUCAUGCAACAGAAUCCUUUUCAGAUUUUGUUGCGGGGCAUGGAGAGCUAUGGUCAGCACAGAUGCUGGCUGCUGUUGUCAGGCAGCCUUCUCCAUCUGCUUCAAACCACUGCACCGCCAUAUGA